AUGCUGGAGAGUCUGUUCUCAGCUCUAGCGGUGGCCGGCCCGGCCCGAGGACUCCGCCGGGCCAGAUUUCGUUUCACGGGAGCGGCAAAGUCGGAGACCGUGGAAGGCCUCUGCAUUGAAGCAUCUCGGCGAGACAUGGCAAGACUUGGGAUGCUGUGCCAGGAUGCUGACUGCUUGUUUGACGUUGCAAUGCCCAAUUUACUCAGGACUGGCGAGGUCUGCGAAAUUUCGCAGCGACUCUUCGCCGACGGCGGGGCGAUUUUGUGGGAAGUUGUUGCAUGUCGGGGGCUUGCCCCGGGGCCGAUGAAUGUCUUUGCGUUUGCUGCGCAGGUUUUCGUUGCGCUGGCACUGACGCAGCUACUGAGCGUCUGCUCCAGCGUGCGCGGAGCACCAGGGGCUGCAAGCAGGCGUGGCAGCGUGGCAUUGGGUCUACGGUAUCAGAGAUCGCCAAACUGCAGCGAAGGUCCAGCGAGUGAAGCCGGGGCUUGCCACACGCCGAUGGCGGAGGCCAGGAUGCAGAUGCCGGGUGCUCGGAGCGAGGAGACUGAGGUGGAGGCCUGCUCUGAGACCUCUUUUUGUUUCUUCUCCUUCCGGAUCGACGUGUACCUGAGUCGCGGCACGAAGGUUGCAGCCGGCAGCUCUCCCAAUUGGGCGGCUCUCCUGGCGGCUGACGCAGCAAACUGGAUGGACUCGGUGCUUGGCAUGCUCAAGGCUGCUCCACCUGAUGAAGCAGAUGAUGCGAAGCUACGCGAGACACCAGAGUUGGCGCCCUUCGGGGCGGGGUUCGCCAUGCAGAGUUUGGACGGCAUCCACCAGCAGCCUGUUUCACUUUGGCUUUGGUUUCAACCUCUGCUGGGAGGGCAUCCGACUUUGACUUUUGGCUAUGCGGUCAACCAGAGCCUGGAGUGCAUCCGACUCCCCAUCAGCAUCCAACUUCCCAGCAGCCUGCAGAGUUUGGCGUUCGGCGGCGCUGACUCAAGCAGCAGCUCCACUGGGUUGACAUCCGACCCACGGAAAAAGGGCGAAGGCAGAGGCUGGACCUUUGGUAUUGGUUCUACUGGCACAUUGCUUUUUAGUCCACGGGCAUCGAUAUGGCUUCUGCGAAACAGCUCACCGAACUCGCACGGAUUGAACUUCGGAAAGUUCCCCCGCUUGCCGAUCGUCGACUGGAGCACCAUGAGCCUUUACGACAUGGAAGGGGUUAACACCUGGCCCGUUGUUAUAGUGAGCUACCUCUCUGUCCUGAGGGAUCAGAUUGUGAUGAAUCAGAUGAUCGUUGUUGUGAUGCACAGGCGCUUGGGACGCUCAGUGUCGCAAGAAUGCUGGCAAGGCCAUGUCCGACUGCGGUGGCCAGGAGAUGCAAAGGAGCUCGAAUUUCACAGCCCUCGGGACAACUGGGAGAGGGAAGCCCAGCGUCGCCGGAAUGGGGAGGCGACGCAAGGGAGCUCCGAAGCCUUCGAGAAGAACUUCGCGGCGGAGAGCGCGGUGCACAAGACCUGUCUGCAGACUGAGAAGCCGAACCUCGAUGUCCAGAACACCCGCCAGACAGGGUUGAAAACUGUGACAAGUACCGCCACGACGACGGGCGAGGUGCAAGAGAACGCCAUGCACAGCGCCAAGGAUUCUUGUGAAGUGAAAUCUGGUGCGGCUGGGAAAGAGGCGGUGUUGAUCUAA